GCAGACGAUCGCUCGCUCAGUUGGUUUUGAAACGGUAUAGGAAGUUGUUGAUUUUGAAGUAGGAAUCUGCGGUCAGGAGGAGGAUGGCUAGCUCCGAGGUGAACGAUAGCGUUCAAUAUUUCGAGGGAGUAGAGAAAUUGCUGGAGAUCUGGUUUACGAAGACAGAUGGAAAUGAUAAACACUGCGAUCUUCGCAAAAUCCCAAGGCAGCAACUGGAGUCCCUACUCAAGAUCGUACGCUGUGAGGUGAUCAGCUUCUCCAGUAACGAUCAAGUGGACGCCUAUGUUUUAAGUGAAAGCAGCUUGUUUGUGGCCCGUCGCCGCUUCAUCCUGAAGACGUGUGGAACGACCACACCAUUGCAGUGUCUGACGCCGCUCAUGCUGCUAGUGGAAAACUAUGCAGGAUUUGACCAAGUUGAGGAUGUUUUUUAUUCACGCAAAAACUUUAAACGCCCUGAUCUACAGAAAAAUCCCCAUCGUAGUUUUGAAAAGGAAGUUGCUCUUUUGGAUUCGUUUUUCGCUAAUGGUGGGACAGCAUAUUGCUUGGGCUCACCAGCACGAGACUGCUGGUAUCUCUACACCUUGAACCCUCCUAAUCCCCAUCCUCCCCAGCCUGACCAGACGCUGGAGGUGCUCAUGACCGAUCUGGACCCUCAGGUCAUGAAGAUCUUCACUCAGGAGGGCUCCUCCUCCGCCGCAGACGCUACUCAGAAAUCUGGUAUUGAUUUGAUCAUUCCGCAGAUGGCAAUAGACGAUUAUUUGUUUGAGCCAUGUGGCUAUUCAAUGAACGGGAUUGCCAAAAAUGGCUGCUAUAUGACAAUCCACAUCACUCCAGAGAAGGACUUCUCUUACGUCAGUUUCGAGACCAACAUGCCCCAGGCCUCGUACCAGCAGUUGAUAGAACGUGUGGUGAACACGUUCCGCCCUGGCAAAGUGGUCAUAACAGUAUUUGCCAACAAGGAAUCGGUGGCCGCAGAGUUUCCCAAGGCCGUGCAACAGAUGGCUACGGUGGGAGAGGAGUUGCGUCGCCACGACUUGCAGUAUUGUCGUCUCCACAACUACGAUCUCACCUUCGCUUUCUACUCCAAGUUCCCGAGCUGAGGGUUUGUGCCGGCCCGCGGCCCCCUCCAGGCCCGGACCCCCACCCCCCUCCCCUCCACUUGCCGGUCCGCCAUCCCUAGUCCUUUCGCGAGCCUCCUCUUUGCUUGGUGGCAAUACAAAAUCUCCUGAAUGAACCUGAAAGCUUUAGAUAUCUUAAGGAAUGGUCACUUUUGCUGGGAACACUUAUGACGUUUAAGUUGUUUUAAUUAUCGUUGAGUUUUCUGCUGAUACCCUUGUUUCGUCUGUUUGGUUCACCUAUGAGGGUGUCGCUGUCAGAAGUCAACACAAGCUUCACGUCAGAACUGCAACUUCCUGUCAAACAUUUCUGUCUUAACGAUACAAAUAUAUUUUGUAGCUCAUCAAGAGUAUAAUUUUAGUAAUAUAUUUAAUUUAAAGCAUUACUCAAAAAAUGUAUAAUUUGUUUUUCUAAGAAACUAAAUCCAAAACAUAAUAAUAAUAGUAAAUUGUAAGUCUCAUUAAUGUAAUAUUAUUAUAAAUAUGAUGAUAAAAAAAGUUUGAGUCAAAAUUAAAAUGAAACAACCAUGCCUGAAACAAAUCUUGAGUUCUGAAUCGUGAUGUUUUCCAUCACUUAAAUCAAAAGCCGUUGAAAACUUAGGGCUUUUACGUUUGGAUUGUCAUUUAAACUAUUAUUACUUUAACAGUAGUAAUACUGAGAUUUGGGCCAUGUUUUACCUUCGAGACAAGACAGGUAGUGACUAAGUUGCUCUAUAUUAGAGUGAGAUUUGUCUGUUAGCAGACUGUCAUGUCACUGGGGCACAAUUUGCCAGUAACCCACCUUUAGUUUGUGUUAGAUGAGUAUUUGUUAACUCACAAACCAUCAUGUGCAAUAUUCAGUCAGUAGUUGUGAUUCUAUUUUAAAAUUAUUUUGUCGUAGAAUUGUCUCAAUUUUUUUAUUUUUAGCUAUUACAAUGGUUUCUCUUUAAAUUUAUUCCAGACUGAAUAUAGCACAUAGUAGAGUGUGUGCCAUUCAUCAGUGCAUUUCGUUCAGUUCAUGGUGCUAAGUUCCACUCAAAACCAUUUCAAAGUCCGCAUUGAGCAGAUGUUGUGACUGUCUCAGUGCUUUAGAAUAAGGUACAGUGACAAAGUUUGUUAAAGUUUUUGUGCUGGUGUGAAUGCAGCGUUUAUUGAAACUUUAAAACCCCCAAAUUUAUUGGAUCCUCUACGGGCUUGAUUAAUCUUUUUUUUUCAAAAUUCAGCUAUUAAGUUAGUCAUAUUCCGAUUCAUUAAAUCUCUUGGAUAACGUGUAAUCUAAAUCAAACCCGUGUGAGAUCCAGUUUUUGUAUCUAAACGGAAUCAAUAAGUGAACUCGAUUUGAACGAGUCGUUCCAAAUUAUUGUGGUCCAACGAUUGUUAUCAAGUGCUGCAUCCAUUCCUGUGGUAGAUCUGUGAUGUUGAUAACUAAGGCUGUCACUUUGUGUUUGUAUUAGUUAUAGUUUAGGAUAUUCUAUUGACUUUUUACUUUGUUUAGUGAGGUUUUUGUGCCCAAGCAAAGAGAAGAAUCUGUUGUCUUCCUGUUUGUGCACACUAGUGUUGAUUUGUAGUUUUUAUACAUUUACAACCAGUAUUCUUGUUUUAUUUUCUGAUUAGUUAUUUUAUCUUGUUUUUUACUUUGCAAAGUUUAUACGGUUUUACUUUUAGAUAGACAAUUAUCGCGAUACGACUAGGUACAUGGCAACUGGUAAGACUGUCAGCCUGAUUUAUUGUAAUCCUUAGUAGUUUUUUUAGAUUUGUGUCGGAUUGUUAUUAAUUUCCUAUAUUUGUGUUUAAUGUAAGUUCGUGGAGGAGGAUCAUGUUUGAGUUUUUCUUGUUCAAGUGUUGUUCAUACAGGGUCUUGAAGUGAUUGGAUAUACUAUACAGUACAUGUUGUAGCCACCUCUGUCUAGAGCACCUAUUGUAACAGCUGUUCAUCCCCUGUCCGCACUAUAUACAAAUUAUCAAUAAAUAUAUGGUAUAGCA